AACCUGAAACUGCUGCUGUGAUAGUUUCUCAAGUAGUUGUUGCUAGGUAACCAGAAGAGUGAGUUAGCUUAUGUCCACAGCCUUUCCUCUGCCUACGUCCCCCAGAAUGCUGUGCAGUUCUGGAAGGGAGUUCAGUGAAAUCACUGAAUAUUACAUCAGUCCUAUUAUCUAUUGAUAUUGGUCACAUGUCUAUAACGAUAUAUAUUGUGACUAAUUUAUCACCCAACCCUACCUGACAUACAGAAAUAUACCUAUGUUUAGUUCACACUGCAGCCUGAAGUGACCUAAAUUAGAUUUUUCCCCCUUAACGCGACCUGUGUCUGAUCUUUUCAAGACAGUCUGAACAACACAGAUCAGAUUUUUUCGAAUGGGACCCAGGCUACUUGAUAUCAGAUCUUGUAUCAGGUCUCAUUCAUCCAAUCUGAACGUCAUUGAUACUCGACAAACGUCACUAUUCCGCGUCCUUAUAGCCGCAAGCAGGAAAAAGAACCAUAGCGGACGAUAUGAGGAUUGACUUGUUAAUGCGCUGCCUUCAGAAUUUGGAUUUCUCUGUUAAGAUGCUGCACUGGUCUGACAAAGAAAAGGUCAGAGUUCACCUUUGGGAUAUUGCAGGCCAGGAGCGUUUCAUCUCCAUGACCAGAGUUUAUUAUAAAGGAGCGGUGGGCUGCGUUGUGAUGUUUGAUGUCACAAACUCAUCAAGCUUCCUCAAGUGUCGCCAGUGGAAACAGGACCUGGACAGCAAGGCCAUGCUGCCCAACGGGAGCUCCAUCCCAUGCAUCCUGCUGGCGAACAAGAGCGACCUGUCUCAAUGGGCCGUCCCAGCAGACCGCAUUGAGGCGUUCUGCAAGGCAAAUGGCUUCUUCACAUGGAUGGCAACUUCAGUGAAAGACAACAAGAACAUCGACGAGGCAAUGAGGAGUCUGGUGAAGGAGAUUCUGUCCAUUCAGUCCAGUUUGGAUCCGCCGCGGCCCGAAACCGGAGACAGUGUUCACCCAGAGCAGGAGUCACAGCCCAGCAACAGUGCAGGGAAGAGUUGCUGCUGAGGCAACAAAGGUUAUCACAGACCAAACAGCAGAAGCGAAAGGAGCAGAGGAAGAGGCUGUGAAUAAAUUUCGUUGGGAAGGCCUGUAGGUGUGGAUGAGCUGCAGAUGAAAAGUGCUUCUCCUCCGACACGCUGACUCAUUCAGACGCAUGACGUCCGCCCGCUAAAACCAGGAGCGUGUGUGGAUCUGCUCUGCUUGCCAGUAAGGCAAAUAGUAUGAAUAGUAAUGAGUGUUGCUGGGUGUUUGAGAGUGUGUAUCACACAGGCACAUGGAUAUGCAUGUGCCUCAGAGAAGCGCGACUUGCAAUUUUGGAUUUUUUUAUUUUAUUUUGCAGAGAAAGUGUUCAUGCGUAUUAUGCAGAGGAAAAAAGAGGAAUUUAUACAUUUUUUAAGAUUAGAACCCUCUAGAAGUAAAAAAUUAAAUCUGAAUGGUGUAUAUAUUUACUGAUUAUUAUAUUUACUGUAAUCAGUGGUUAAGAUGAAUUUCAGGUCACACUGAAAUGGACCAAACCAGUUUCAACUCUGACUUGAACGCCUCACGGUUCUCCAGACAGACACAAAAGUUAAAUCUUCACAUUUUAACCGUAUCAAAUUAUAUUAUCUCUUUAUUUAUUGACCAACAUAUUUGAUGGAUAUUAAUCAUUUUUGAUGAUGGCAGUCAACAAAAUAUAGUUUUCGUAGCUGUUUUUAUUUUU